AUGUCGGAAGAGCGCGUCCAUCCUGACGAGAACGUGAGCGCCGAGAGUGUCGAGUUUGCCAUCUCGCUCAACGAGCGGCCGUCUAUGCUCGAACGCGUUGAGCAGCGCAGCCGUCAGUUUCGGCCAGGGCAGCGGUUCCACCACGACGCCCAUGGACCUGGCACAGUCGUCGCAGCCGACCCGAAAAGCGGCGUUACCAUCAAUUUUGACAACGGAGAGGCCCACCAGUACAAUCUUGCUUCGCAGCGAAAGCUCAAGCCCAUCCUCAAAGAUUCUCACACGUACAGCGCAGAGAACCUGUUUGACCUCAUGGAUAGCGACAGUUCAGGCUUCUUAGACAAGGACGAGUUUUGCUACAUGCACAACAUGGCCCUCGAGAGCCACCUGGCUCACGCUGCUGAGGUGGCAGAAGCAAAUCGCACUGCGGCAGAGGCACAAAAGCGCGCGUCAUACCUCAAAGCGGCGCUAACUUUGGCCACGCUGACACUGUUCUUGCUCCUCGGCGGUGUCACUGGCCUCACAACGCUGGUAGUUCACGUGUACAAGGACACCAAGGCUGAAGGAUCCACCUUCGUUAGCUUGUCUGGCAAAGUGAUGCAAGUGUCCCCGGCCGAGACCGCUGUCCCCCUUCUCGCCGCGCCCGUGCUCGACUGGACUCAGCUCGAAGGCGUGCGAGGCAUCACCGCAACGUACCAGGACCCGAGGAGAGGCCGCGUGACGGCGGGGCUCUUGAUCGACGGCGUCCAGUGGCACAACCACACCGCCACCGCCUUCAGCAUCCAAUCUGGGUUUGCCACCGAGCUGCGCGUGUGGAACGGCGAGGUCUCCCUCCUCCUGGCCGACGGCAACGAGGUCGAGCUGUGCGCUGCGGUUGUCCGCUGCUCGUCGCUGACCGUCAACGACGCCCUCGAAGCCGAGAGCAAGCUGGAAGAAGCGUAUGCCGCCCUCGAGGCUGCCGGCUAUGACGCAGCGCGCCGGCGGCGGCUCGAUGACUCGUGCGAUGCGCCGCCGUCACCCCCUCCACCACCACCCUGCCAGAGUUGGUGCGAAAACAACUCGAACGACUGGGAUGCAAAGUGCAGCUGGACGUGCUUGUGCACCGCAAACGUUGAGGCUGCCUGCGCCUACGACGGAAGCGACGCCUGGUACGAAGAGAGCUUUGGUGGCAGCGUCCAUCACACCAACUCAGCAGGUGCGAAGGCGGUCAGCAUCCCUGCUUACCCCUUCUUCAACGGUGCCUCGUACGAGGACGCCCUCGCCGCAGCCACCGACUUGUCAGAGCAGGGAGGAGACGUGGGGCUCACCCUGAACGGGGUGGCGAUAUACACGGCUUGGGCAGGCUCGUACGACUAUGAUGGGGACGGGGACAUUGACGAGGAUGAUGUGAUGAGCGAGACUUCGAACGCCGUCACUGCGGAGGGUGAGACGUUCGAUCGGUGUGGAGGCCACUCGAGCGGAUCGUCAGCCGGAUUCCAGUACCACUACCACAUCCCGCCGACGUGUUUGUUGGCGCAGCUGGGCCAGUACAUCGGGCAGCACAGCCCCCAGGUGGGUUGGAUGUACGAUGGCUUUCCCGUGUACGGUCCCUUUGGCCCAGAUGGGGUGCAGAUGAUCAAAUGUGGCCAGACGGGCGCUCAUGAAGUGUACUGCCUGGACGCGUGCAAUGGCUACUACUCUGAUGACGAGAGCAUCGACGUCUUCAAAUACCGCUACUACAUGAGCGGAAACACCACUGACCAGGCUAGCCUUCGCGCGAGCCCCCUGCCCACGAGCGACCCCGUUGAGAGCUCCUUCUUUCCGUUUACGCCCCUCUGCUCGCUCGGCUGCAAGCCCUCGGGGGCCAAUCAAAACAACUGGGAAGGAGGCGUCGCCAGUUGGCUCCCCGUCUGUGACACGUCGGCGUCUGUCGCCGCAUACACCCGCACCAGCGUCGAUCUCGACAGCUCCACACCAAGCGACGAGGGCGGCCUCCGUUCAGGCGUCGUAGACACAUACAUCGCGGGAGCAAAUUCGAUCAACAACGCGUCGGGCACAGUCGCACCGAUCUACUCGACGUCUUUCCCCAACGUGCUCCUCUUUCAGCCGGACGAUAUGUACCAAGCCUACUCAGACCACUGGCACUCUCCAGCUGACCCUGGCUUCGACUUGCCCACCACCUCCUACGAGGCAACGUAUCAAAUCGACAGGAUCGGCUUGGAGGGAGCGACCUUCACCCGCGCGUACUCGGCGAGCGGCCUGUGCGCGCCGUCGCGCGUCGCACUCCUGACGGGUAGAUACGCCAGCCGCGGCGAGCAUGCCAUCGGCAAGACCGCCAGCAACUACGCGGACACGCACACGCGAGUCACCGUCCCCUACAGUAAGCUCACGGGCGCAGACAGCUCGCACAACUUGGCAGCUGGGCUGGGUAGUGUCGGCUUUCGGACAGGCGCUUUUGGGAAGUGGCACAUUGCCGCGGAAGCUGACCUGAAUGCGAUGGGCUGCGAGUACAGCAGCACUGAGUAUGAGUGCGACUAUGCCAUCGCGCAGCAAGUGGUGCAGCAGGCGGGAUUCGAUGUCGCCGAAGCCAUCUUCAUCGCAAACCUCAACAACUGUGGCACGACCUGCAGCGACUCCUUCUCGCACAACAUGGAGUGGCUCACGUUCGAAGCCAUCACAUUCAUGGCGGACGCUUUGGACGCAUCGCAACCUUUCUUCGCCUACGUCAACCCUACGGUGCCGCACGGCUCCGACGCCGCAAACUCGCUCACGACCUGGAACGACGGUCCGUACUUCUGCGCGGCUACUCCAGCGGGCACGAUCACCGACGACUGGGCUCAGGCCUGCGACGGCUCCAUGACCGCUACCGCCGACUUCUCGUCCCUGUGCUCCACCUGCACCAUGGCGACCCGCAACACAAUCUGGAGCUCCUCAUCGGGGUCCUGCAGCGGCACGAGCGAUCGCUCGUUGUGCUCGGGCAUUAACUGGGUCGACGAGUCCCUUGGCGCCAUGUACGACUUUCUGGACGAGAGGGCUGCGCUCGACGCCACAAUGAUCAUGGUGUUUAGUGACAACGGCCACGCCAAGGCGACGGUCUACGAGUGGGGCGUGCGCACGCUCCUCCACGUGCGCUAUCCAGAUGGCGGGAUCGCCGCCGGUACCACAGUGAACGAGCUCGUCUCAACCAUCGACAUCGUUCCGACCAUCUUCGACUUCAUCGGCCUAAGCGGCACGUAUGACACGAACGGCGUCUCUUGGAAGGCGAUUGCGGACGGGAGCACCACCUCACUAGACAGGACCGAGAUCAUUGCGGAGGUUGCGCAUGACAUCGCCGUCAUCCGACACGACAUCAAGCUCAUCUUCCAGGACUCUACGAACGCCAACUGGAUCGCUACGUCGGGCAUCUACAGCGAAUACGAUCACUGGCACACCGAGUUCCAACUGUACAACCUCACCGUGGAUGAGGGCGAGACGACCAAUCUGGCGGACUCUGAUACCGACUCGCUCUCGACCCUUCAGGCGCUGCUGGAGUCGCACCUCGUGGCGGUGGCGACGAACGACGGCUGCUGCAGCGUUCCGAUGUCCCUCUCCGCGACGUCGGGAUCGAGCGAGAUCACCACCUUCUACGACUGCGGCGCGCUGAGCGAGUACGCUCCAGAGUACUUUGGCUCGAAGAUUGACGCCUCCGACUGCACCGCCACGGUCGAGGGGACCGAGUGCGCCGUCAAGUGCGCAACAGGGUGGGACGAUGACGGCGACUAUGGCGUGCAGGACACCGACGCCGUCGAGUGCGUUGGUGGCGUUUGGACGAGUGCGUCCGGUUGGGCGCUCACGUGCCUGCACUUUGACCACAGCCACUCGUACAGCGUGACGGCGGGCGCGACCGUCUCGGGCUCCACGAUCGCGGUCGACUUCACCGCCGCUGACGGCACCGAGUACACGUCGCAGAACAAGUACUUGCAGACACAUUGCGGCGACUGCGAUGAGGCUGGCCUCCUCGACGUCGCCGGCGAGAUGUGCUGGACGCAAGUCUCGGGGUGCGUCGGCUUUGUCUACUUCAGCGGCGCUGCGACGCCGUUCGUGAUGUUCAAAAGCGAUGCGACCACUUCGGAGACGUACACCUCGAUCGUGUGGUACCAGUUUGAUCAGUCGUCGCUGAUGUACUGCGACAUCUUCAGCGAUGCGGUGGGCGGCGGGGUCGACACGAGCGCGUGCACAGGCCACCUCCUCAGGACGGAAUGCGCCGUCACCUGCCUCAGCGGGUACGACCAAGACGGCGACUACACAACCAACGGUGACACCGAUGCAGCGACGUGCGCUUUCGACGGGUCGUGGGUGAGCGCCUCGGGCUGGACGCUGAGCUCUGCAUGCUCGCUCAUCGACUACAUGGCAAGCUACACCACGCACCAGUCGUACAAGGUCAACGGGAACGGCCUGGCCUUGUACUUCACCAAGUCGGGGGCGAGCACGAGCACGUACAGCAACUACUACUACCAGUCCUACUGCGGCGACGACUGUCCCUCCGAGAGCGCCUUCCUCAACGUGGCCGGCGAGCUGUGCUCCGCGGAGGAUGACUGCGCCGCACUCACCUACUACAGCGCUGGCGACGAUCCGUACGUCAUCUUCAAGAAGGUGGCCACGCUGACAUUGGCAUCGUCGGAAUGGGCUGUGAUUGAGAAGGCGUCGACGGCGCGCUGA